CUCAACCGACGCCGCAAAAGUUGAAAACCUUCACUUCGCGUGCAAAAUGGCGGACGAGCAGGAGCAGACUCAAGCAGUUGUCGAGCAGCCAAAAUCUCCCAACGAGAAGGCUGACAAAGAGCCAGAAAAGCAGCAGGAAUUUAAGCUUGGAGAACACGUGUGGGCCAAGCUGAGCAGUUUUCCCCAUUGGCCAGGAAGGAUUGUCAAGCCAUGGAAACAUGUGAAGAAGCCUCCAGGAAAGAAGCUGACAUACUUUGUGUUCUUCUUUGGCACGGAAGACCAUGCUUGGGUUCGAGCAGAGAACCUGUUCCCCUAUUUGGAGCAUAAGGAGCGACUGUCCAAGGCGGCAAAGGGCCAGAAGUUCAAGAAAGCAAUGGAUGCCAUUGAAGAGGCCAUCAAGCAGGAAGAAAACAAGAAGGCAUCCCCACUGUCUCCCUUCCACCCAAAGGAUGACGAGGAAAUCUUUCCUCCCAAGUCCAAGCCCAUGAAGGAUUACUCCAGGGAACCCCUCACCGGCAAGGCCAAGCUCAAUUCAACACCAGACGACAGAGGGAAGCCUCCCCCUGAGCGGGAGACAGAGAAGUCCCCCAAGAAGAGAGGUCGGGCCCUCAAGGAUUCAGGCAGUGACGGCACCCCAACAAAGACCAGCUACACCUCUCCCAAGAAAAGACCUGCAGGUGGCACUUUGGGUUCCCCAAGCAGCAAGAAGCAGGCCAAGGGUAACGGGCUAUCCUUCAACUCCCUCAGUCUCUACAACAGCUUUCAGGCACACCUGUCAGAGAAGACGGAAGACAAGAAGGAAGAAAUCAUCCCCACUGACAAAAAGAUUGGUUUUAUCGGUCUGGGCCUGAUGGGAACCGGCAUGGCCAUGAAUCUCAUUAAAACCGGUCACAAGGUCACUGUCUGGAAUAGAACUGCAGCCAAGUGUGCAGAUUUUGUGACAGCUGGCGCAAUGGAAGCCAAGAGCGUCUCUGAACUUGUGUCGACGUGUGACAUUGUUUUCUCGAUGGUGUCAGAUUCAGAAGCACUCAGAGCCAUUGUUUUUGGUGAGCAUGGAGUUUUGGACGGCAUGAAAAAAGGCAAGGCUUUGGUGGACAUGUCAACUGUUGACAUUGGAACAGUCACAGGCUUGGAAGGGGCUAUCACUGCUAGGGAAGGUAGGUUUCUGGAAGCUCCAGUCGUCGGCAGCGUACAGCCAGCUAUGGAGGGCUCGUUAGUAAUCAUUGGAGCGGGUGACAGGACGCUGUUUGAUGACUGCAGCUCUUGCUUCCAGGCAAUGGGCAAGAAGGCUUGCUUUCUCGGGGAUGUGGGAAACGGCUCCAAGAUGAAGAUCAUCAUCAACAUGGUCAUGGGGUGCAUCAUGAGCGGCUUUGCCGAGGGCAUGGCGGUGGCUGACAGGGCCGGCCUCAGCCAGGAGACGCUGCUGGAUGUGCUGAACCUGGGCUCUAUAUCAAGCCCCCUCAUCAGUGGCAAGGGGAAAGCUAUUCUGGCUAACAAGUACCCCCCAGCAUUUCCACUUAAGUACCAGCAGAAGGACAUGAGAUUGGCCUUGGCCCUGGCUGAUCAGGUGGAGCAACCAGUACCUGUCUCCGCAGCUGUCAAUGAGCUUUUCAAAAGAGCGAAGAAUUUGGGUCUGGGAGAGAAAGACAUAUCAGCAAUUUACAAAGCAGUCAACAUGUGAUAUUGGAACUGGAAAGAGCUGGCCCUUCCCAUCAUGCUCUGUCUCUGGUGUCAAAACAGCGGUCUCUUAGCAACUAAAAUAAUGUAAAAAAUGUUAUAUUUUGUAAUUCCUUGUGCUUAAAUAUGUCAUAGACAACCUAGCCUGUGCUCUGGAGAUAACAAUCAGACUGUGUAUUUUUAAAAUAUUGUUAGAUGGAAGAAACAUGACGUCCCAAAAGAAUCGUGGAGCAUUGGAAUUUUAGAUACAUUUUUUAAAGUAAAUCAUGGUCUACAGUUACUGUAUUUUGUCAUAUUAUUGAACCGCUGUACAUUAGCUGUGUUUUUUUUUAAUCUGUACAAUUGAGGCAUGAAAACGCUUGUCUCGUUUGGUUUUCUCUUUUUUUCUGUUCGCAGUUAAAGUGAUUUAGAUGUAGGUUUUAUUCACAACCACGAUUGGCAAUGUCCACUUCUUUUUUUUUUCAGUAAAACUAUCAAUUGUACAGUAACCUGUAUUCAGUUGCUGGGGUACCUGAGGUAAAAGUGACAGUUAACAGCUGUGGCCACUCGUGACAUUGCCUGCAAAGCCUUACACAUGAUUAAAUUGUCCUUGAAUGUGUCCACAACUUCCAAUCUUAGUUAUGGUAUGUCUGCCGCCAAAAAAAAAUCUUUAUUAUUAUUUUACAACUAAGUCAAGGAAAAAAAUUAAGUUUGUUAGAUAUGUUACAUGCCAGGGUUUCCCUGAAUUUCGGUCACACAGAGAUAUUUAGUUCCAUGAUGUAGGUACAUUUGAGAGUUUUUAAAUGAUAACUAAAGCUGAACAGGAAUUGUUUUGCUCCUUUGAGUUUGAUCUUAUUUUAAUCACUUGAUCAACACAUUUAGUAUUACAGAGCAGUGUAGCUGAUACCUAUGUUUUCACACGUUCAUAACUAAAAAUCUACUUUAACCUAGUUAGAUACAAUUACAUGUACAUAUAUUUUAAGCUUUAAUGAUAUUCUCAUCAAAACAUGUCUGAACUGAAACCAGUUGAACGGAAUGCAACCGACAUUCAAAGUCUGUGGAUACAUUUUCUGUUCAUUUGACAGGAAACAGUUGGAACCGUUUAAACGGGGAAAGGACUUUGUUUUUGAAUUUCCCUAGAGAAUACCAAAUUUCCUUUUGUAAUAACAAAUGUGUCAGCAGUGAAUUUUUAGCCUACAUACCUGUUUGGUUUUUCUCUCUCAUCUAAGAAGUCAAAUUGCCUUUGAUUUUUUUUUUACUUGAUGUCCUCUGUGUUUAUUAGUACAAUUUUUAAUGCUUCGUGUGACAUCUUCCUCAAAUGGUUGCCAGUUUCAUACAUCUGCUUUGUCAAAUCGGGGUCAUGUAAAGCCUGAUACUUUUGCAGCCAACCAGCCAAAGGUUUGUACAUAUUGUAUGACUGCGUAGCUGGAAACGGUAGUUCUGUACAAUUGGGCAAGUCGACCUGCCCAAGGAUAUGUAUGAAAUUAGCCAGUGGCUAAAAUGGAGUGACUCGAAAAGAGUUGUUCACCAGCUUGUUGUAUAGCAUAUUGCCAGUGUGUCAGUUACUGUUUACUGUAUGUAUGUAUACCCUUGCAGUGAGACAUCCUCUAUCUGAUGUAGAAUUGUUUUAGUGAAUCUCAUUAAUAAUAAAAUUCAUCACAAAUAAACUGCAUUUUUGUUGAUUUUGUCAA